AUGAAAAACCUAGCCAAGGAUCCAUCUGUUAGAGUGAAAGUUGAUUACAAUGUACUUGGAGUAGCGGUUGGUCCAGGGUCAGUCAAGUUGGCAUCAUAUGUAGGGACAUUGAUGCGAGAACACAUCCCUAUCAACAUACCUAACUGGAAGAAAGUGACUCCAGAUCUCAAAACACUUCUCUGGAGAUCUGUUCAGGCAAGGUUUGAGCUUGAUGAAGAUUGGCAAAGGAUAUCUGUGAUUCACCAGAUGGGACAUUUGUGGCGAUCACACAAGUCUGUCACGGUGAAGGCUAUAAAUUUGGCUGCAAAUAACCAAGAGAGGAUGAAUUUGAGACCACCAAAUAUUGGUCCUGUUGAUUGGCAAAAAUUUGUCAAACUCAAAACUAGUGCUGCAUUUAAGGCCGUGAGUGAGAAAUAUAAAGCAAAAAGAAAGAAUCAGAUACCUCACACCACUAGUCGUAAAGGGAUCAGCAGACUAACAGAAGAAAUGAAAGCUGAAAGUGAAGAUCCUUCCAGCGUGACAAGACUAGAUGUUUGGAUCAAGUCUCGCACCAAAAAGGAUGGUACACCAGUAGAUACGAAUGCAGCUGAUUUGAUUGUAAGUCUGAAUAGAGUUGUACACCAGUAAAUAGUGUGUUAUCGACUAGUAA